AUGUAUGAGUGCAGUGAACGUGCAUUCCUACCGGAUCUACGUGAAUUUUCAGCUCCAUAUGGUCGUUUACCCGUUAUUGGACAUUUGUGGAGGUUGAAUUCCGUGAAGCCGUUCGAAACAAUAGACUACUGGUCACGAGAAUACGGCGACAUUUUUAGCGUUUUCUUUGGUACUCAACGAGUCAUCGUUAUCUCAAGGGCUCGUCUUAUGCGAGAUGCUUUCUUGAAGCAAGCGGAUAAUUUUUCGGGUCGACCAACACUCUUUGUGCACGAAUCAUGCUGGGGUCGAGGCCAUAUCAUAAGUGACGGAGACGAGAACACCGAAAUGCGAAAAUUCCUCAGCAAAUAUCUUCGACAAAGUAUGUGUACUAUUCGCAUUCCUAUUGUGAAUUUCAUUCCAGGUUGA